AUGGCUGGAUUUGGAGUCGGGAAAGACAUCACGCCCAUCCACAUCGAAAUGAACCGCACUAGACAAGACCUCAGUGAUCUGUGGAUACAACAUCAACGAAGAAACCAGAAGACAACGAAAACAUGGGCUUGCAUCCACACAGGUAGGGCGAUGUUCCUUUCGGAAUCUGAUUUGUGGAUGCAUGCACAAAAUAAUCACCAGGACAAGCUCCCAAGCACACCAGAAGAGUCCAAACAAUUUCGGAAAUCAUACGAAGUGAAUUCUGUCUUUAAACAUCCCACAAGAUUAUGCGAAAAAGGGUGUAUACACGAUGAUGCAAUAACAGAAGAUCAGUCAAACAAGAGGACCGCCGAAGGGGGUGGUAUGUCAGUCGAUUUAGUAUCGCCGUUCCAUAAAGACUCGGGGAUUCCUCCACUUCCGCCUCGAAAAUACCGUGCCAAACAGAGCCAUGAUAAUGCAAGUCCCCACAGUGGACCACGAUCCCAGUUCGAAUAUUAUAAAUUCUAUUCUUGGCAAGAAACGAGACCUAUGACACAAACAGAGCUCGUAGCAUCAGUCAAAGGUAUAUAUGCUGGCCUUGUAAUUUUCGAGCACAUGCUCUUGGUUGAUGAAGGGCCAUGGCAAGCUCUCAUUAAAACGCUUCAUACCUUAAAUGAACAGCUUCUCAGCUUCUUCAGAGGCUUUCAUCUUUUACCUGAUACUCCUAAUUUACGUAGACUAGCACCAGAAUUUUCUAUACGUGCUGAAUUGUGGCAGCGUGGUGCAUCUUCCUUGCUCGAGUUCUUCGAAAAUGUACCGCCUAUCCCGUUGGAGUUGAUAACACUUUUCGAGAUGGCUAAAGGGAAUGACCGGUUUGAAGAUUUGGGUUCCAGCCCUGGUGACGAAGAGGAACAUCAUGAGCUGUCACUUAUCCUCAGAGAGCGAAAGGAACGAACACCAUGCAGAGCUCGUGGCAUUCUUCCCAACAAGAUAUGGAGCCACAGUCUAACAUCACCCCGAAACAAACCAAUGAAUGAAGCCACGAAACAUCUCGACAAUGAGGCCCACAAUACUAAGCUAAAAACACAAUCAGGUCGAGCAAGGAGUAAGAGACUAUCGCCAAAAGGUCUUCUUUUGAAACUCUUCAGCUUCCUGAGUACAUUACUCACCGCCCCUGGCCAUAAGAAACGACUUUUUACAAGUGUCCUCAUGGCAAACAUCCUGACCGGCGUGUCGGGCAGGGCAAUACCGCCCGAGAAUAGCGAGAUAAGGACAUCGCUGACAUUUCGCAACGAUUCAAAACUAUUCCAAAGCCUGAUAGACAAGAGCAUGCACUUGUUAAAUCUGAGUUCUGAAGCACUUAUCGCAUUGAUUGUGAUUGCUGUAUGCGAAACGAUCAGGAGGAUCUUUUGCAGAAGAGUGCAGAAUCGACUUCUGAGUGCUACGUGUAUGGCUGCUUCAACAUCUUGUUUCGCAUAUCUCCGCGAUGCCGAGGAUAUGACGGGUGGGCUCCUCGCCGGCUUACUUGUUGCGGGGGCUAUCUUUACUUGGAAUACAUUCUCUUUGGGGGUCAAGAAAUACAAUUUUGGGACCCCCUACAUCAUCCUUGGUAUGAUUCUUGGGAUGAUAAUUCUUUGGAGAGGAUUUCCGUACGUACAGCUUUUGACCGGCUCUGUCAAGAUUGAUGUAUUCGUCUUACCGUCCAUCAUUUUUUCAUUUUCGAUACUGGAGAUGAUAGUUAAAGUUCAUGGCGACUUGACCCGCUGA